GAUCCUUAAUUCGGCCACAAAGACCAGUAUAGCGCGAAAUGAUCGCUAACCAAGUAGUUUGUAAAAUUAUCGUGUUGCAAUAAUACGCAUUUUUUUAAAUAAUUUACGUGAUUAAUAAUCAUCAUGGAUUUGACAGUUGAGCAAUAUAUGGAAGGUCUCUUAAGUAAGGAGGCCUACGACCAUCCAUCUGAUUCGGUGCAGCUGGAAAAGUUGGAGUUAACACUGCCCGAUUGGUACGAUGAAAGACUCUUUAAAAAGGGCCAACGAUUUUUCUGGAAGCAUUGUUUUGGCCUAUCUUACGUGAUGAUGCCGGGGCUGGUAGCUGUAUUCGCGGUACCUACGAUAUUGGAGGUGUUGGCUGGUUCAGGAAAGUCCUCGUCAAACUACACCGCUUUUAAGCGAUACGUCGCAACGUUCCUGCAUUUCCAGUCGUGGUUCACUUAUGAUCUGAAGCCGGGUAGUGUAUCAUGGAGAUCCCUUUACGCUGUUCGAUCUCAACAUCUAAGAAACGGUCGCGCGGCUCGCUUGAAGAACAAGGGAACAAUCUCUCAGCGUGACUUGGCUCUCACUCAGUUUGGUGUCAUCGGCCUCGGCAUCCUGAAGCCAGACCGUUUCGGCUUGCGACAGGAAGAUCCAGAGGAUUGGGAGGCCUUCAACCAUCUUUGGGGAGUUCUCGGCUAUAUGCUGGGUUUGGAAGAUAAGUACAACAUGUGUCGGAGGACUAUGGAUGAAACACGUCAGGUAUGUAAGCUGAUACUGGAGCGCGUAUACACGCCGUGCCUGGAGAACGUGCCGGAAUACUUUGAGCACAUGGCUCGCGUCAUGAUGGACGGCAUGUGGGCGGUGAACGGCGCCACGGAGGCCGGAAGCCUCAUGUACAUUACCAAGAACUUGGCCGAGGUACCCGGAUACGUCUACACCGAGGCCGAGAGGAUCGCGUUGCAGGCAAAGCUGAAAGAGAAGCUGUCUGGAAAACAUGAGAAUACUGGUGUGGAUGUAUCAACAUUGAUACAGAAAUGCAGUGUAGAGGGUCUCCCUGACCUUCCGCCGCGACUCCUCUACCUAAAAGACUACGACAGUUGGGACAAUAUUCCUGAAUAUAAGAAGCUAUCUUACGGGUCGAAAUAUAAAUUAGCUGUUUUAUCUCUAUUCAUGGCUUUCUAUUCGACGUACUUCGGUCGAUUGGUGCUUAAUCUGUAUUAUAAAAUGUCAAUGUUUUUAGCGGAGUAUUUUCCAUACGUUGCUUUCUUUUUGUAUGGCAUCAAGAAAUCUUAUGUUGAUAUAUUCAAAGACCCGGAAUAUGAUAAUACUAAAAAUGUACCAAAUUCGGAAUACUAUAAACCUCAACCUCCAGAGCCCUGGUACAGAGUAUUACUGUCUUUUUGGUAACCGAUGAUUAUAUGAAUAACCCAAUACAAAUAUAUGAAAU